UUUGUUACGUCAUCAACCAGCGGGCUUUAUUUUGUAUCUGCCAUCAUGGAACGGUAGUAAAGUGUAGCGGAAUUUAACAGAUUGUGUUUUUCUUUAGAAAACUUUUGUACAAACUUCAAAUCUAACCGGUUUAAAAUCUUAAUUUUGUUACAGUAGUUAAAAUUUUUCAUCAUGGCCCAAAUUCUACCGAUUAAAUUUCAAGAACAUUUACAGCUCACAAAUGUGGGCAUCAAUAUCGCCAGUAUCAGUUUCAAUACUCUUACUAUGGAGUCGGAUAAAUUCAUCUGCGUGCGAGAGAAAAUCGGCGAUACUGCCCAGGUAGUUAUUAUCGAUUUGAAUGAUCCCACCACUCCAAUAAGAAGACCUAUAUCUGCCGAUUCAGCGAUCAUGAAUCCCGCUAGCAAAGUACUCGCUCUUAAAGGAAAAGCUGGAUCAGAAGGCACUGCAGCGGCUCAAAAAACGUUACAAAUUUUCAACAUUGAAAUGAAGAGUAAAAUGAAAGCUCACAUUAUGACAGAAGACGUUCUAUUUUGGAAGUGGAUAUCUAUCAAUACCCUUGCCUUAGUUACAGAGAAUAGUGUUUACCACUGGAGUAUGGAAGGAGAUUCUACGCCUGUGAAGAUGUUUGAACGUCAUUCUAGUCUUAACGGAUGUCAAAUCAUCAACUAUCGAACCGACGCUAAACAAAAUUGGCUCCUUCUCAUCGGUAUUACGGCUCAGCAAAAUCGAGUUGUUGGAGCGAUGCAAUUGUAUUCAGUGGAGAGAAAAUGUUCGCAGCCGAUUGAAGGACAUGCCGCGUCUUUUGCGCAGUUCAAAAUGGAAGGAAAUCAAGAGUUAUCUACUUUGUUCUGUUUCGCCGUUCGAAAUUUACAAGGAGGAAAAUUACACAUUAUCGAAGUAGGUCAACCGCCUGCCGGCAAUCAGCCUUUCCCAAAGAAAGCCGUUGAUGUGUAUUUCCCUCCAGAAGCAGCCAAUGAUUUUCCUGUAGCUAUGCAGGUGAGCUCCAAAUACGACGUCAUUUACUUGAUUACGAAAUACGGCUACGUUCAUUUGUAUGAUAUCGAAAGUGCCACUUGCAUUUACAUGAAUCGUAUUAGCGGAGAUACGAUUUUUGUAACAGCUCCCCAUGAAGCCAGUGGUGGCAUUAUUGGUGUGAAUCGGAAAGGACAAGUUCUAUCUGUCAGCGUUGAAGAGGAUAACAUCAUAUCAUACAUAAAUACAAACCUACAAAACCCGGAUUUAGCAUUGAGAAUGGCUGUUCGAAAUAAUCUAGCUGGAGCCGAGGACCUAUUUGUACGAAAAUUCAAUUUACUGUUUCAAAGUGGAAAUUACGUGGAAGCUGCGAAGGUCGCUGCCAACGCUCCUAAAGGUAUUUUACGGACGCCACAAACAAUUCAAAAAUUCCAACAAGUUCCUAUGAGCACUGGCCAAUCUUCACCGUUGUUGCAAUAUUUCGGAAUUUUACUCGACCAGGGACAAUUGAAUAAAUACGAGUCGUUGGAAUUAUGUCGUCCGGUAUUGGCUCAAGGCAGAAAACAUUUAUUAGAGAAAUGGCUCAAAGAAGAUAAACUGGAAUGCUCUGAAGAACUCGGAGAUAUCGUCAAACAAGCCGAUUUGAAUCUUGGAUUAUCUGUCUACCUUAGAGGAAAUGUUCCAAAUAAAGUUAUCCAAUGUUUCGCUGAGACCGGACAGUUUCAGAAAAUCGUAUUAUACGCGAAGAAAGUCGGAUAUCAUCCAGAUUAUAUUUUCUUGCUGAGAAGUGUUAUGAGGAUUAAUCCAGACCAGGGUGUAGCAUUUGCUCAGAUGUUGGUACAAGAUGAUGCUGAACCGUUGGCUGAUAUUAAUCAAAUUGUUGAUAUCUUUAUGGAACAAAACAUGGUUCAACAAUGUACGGCGUUCUUAUUAGAGGCGUUGAAAAAUAACAGACCUUCGGAAGGACCUUUGCAAACUAGAUUACUAGAAAUGAACCUUAUAUCUGCCCCUCAAGUUGCCGAUGCUAUUCUUGGCAAUCAAAUGUUUACUCAUUACGACCGAAGUCACAUAGCUCAACUUUGCGAAAAAGCUGGCCUAUUACAAAGAGCUUUAGAACAUUAUACUGAUUUGUACGAUAUUAAGCGAGCGGUCGUUCAUACUCAUCUAUUGAAUCCCGAAUGGCUGGUCGCAUUUUUCGGUACUCUAUCCGUCGAAGAUUCGUUGGAGUGUUUAAAAGCAAUGCUCACCAACAACAUACGUCAAAAUUUACAAAUCUGUAUACAAAUCGCAACCAAGUAUCACGAACAAUUGACCACGAAAGCAUUGAUAGAUUUAUUCGAAUCAUUUAAGAGCUACGAAGGAUUGUUUUACUUCCUCGGUUCGAUCGUCAAUUUCAGUCAGGAUCCCGAAGUGCAUUUUAAAUAUAUUCAGGCGGCUUGUAAAACUGGCCAAAUCAAAGAAGUAGAAAGAAUUUGUCGCGAAUCGAACUGUUACAAUGCCGAACGAGUGAAAAAUUUCCUGAAAGAAGCCAAGCUAACCGACCAGUUGCCAUUGAUCAUCGUCUGCGACCGAUUCGAUUUCGUUCACGAUUUAGUUCUGUACUUGUAUCGCAAUAAUUUACAAAAAUACAUUGAGAUUUACGUGCAAAAGGUGAAUCCGUCUCGACUUCCAGUCGUCGUUAGCGGUUUGUUGGAUGUCGAUUGCUCGGAAGAUAUUAUUAAAAAUCUAAUUAUGGUCGUCAAAGGACAAUUUUCCACGGAUGAGUUAGUUGAAGAAGUAGAAAAGAGGAAUCGACUCAAAUUACUGUUACCGUGGUUGGAAUCCAGAGUACAUGAAGGAUGCGUCGAACCAGCUACGCAUAACGCGCUCGCGAAAAUUUACAUUGAUAGUAAUAACAAUCCGGAACGUUUCUUGAGAGAGAACCAAUACUACGAAAGUAAAGUCGUUGGUAAAUAUUGCGAAAAACGAGACCCCCAUUUGGCGUGUAUUGCAUACGAAAGAGGACAAUGCGAUCGAGAAUUGAUCAACGUUUGCAAUGAGAAUUCUCUAUUCAAGUCCGAAGCGAGGUAUCUGGUUCGUCGUCGAGAUCCCGAACUAUGGGCGGAAGUUUUAAACGAAAGUAAUCCCUACAAACGCUCUCUUAUCGAUCAGGUCGUACAAACUGCUCUCUCUGAAACGCAAGAUGCUGAAGAUAUUUCUGUUACGGUGAGAGCUUUUAUGGCGGCAGAUUUGCCCAAUGAAUUGAUCGAAUUGUUGGAAAAAAUCGUCCUGGAUAAUUCCGUAUUCAGUGAUCAUAGAAAUUUGCAAAACUUGCUGAUCUUGACGGCCAUCAAAGCCGACCGUUCUCGCGUUAUGGAAUACAUUAACCGACUGGACAACUACGACGCUCCGGAUAUCGCCAACAUCGCUAUUAAUAAUCAGCUAUUUGAGGAAGCUUUCGCUAUAUUCAAAAAAUUCGACGUCAAUACGUCAGCUAUCCAGGUAUUGAUCGACAAUGUGAAAAACUUGGACCGUGCGUACGAAUUUGCAGAACGUUGUAACGAAAAUGGAGUAUGGAGCCAGUUGGCGAAAGCUCAGUUACAACAAGGGCUGGUGAAGGAAGCCAUAGACUCAUUCAUUAAAGCAAAUGAUCCGUCAGCGUAUAUGGAUGUGGUGGAAACCGCUCACAGAACCGGGAGCUGGGAAGAUUUAGUUCGGUAUUUACAAAUGUCCCGUAAGAAGGCCAGAGAACCGUACGUUGAAAGCGAACUUAUCUACGCGUACGCUCGCACUAAUCGUUUGGCUGAUCUUGAAGAGUUCAUCUCGAGCCCCAAUCACGCCGAUAUUCAAAAAAUCGGUGACCGUUGUUUCGAUGAUAAAAUGUACGAACCGGCGAAACUGUUGUAUAACAACGUUUCGAAUUUCGCUCGUCUUGCUAUUACUUUAGUGCAUUUGAAAGAAUUCCAAGGUGCUGUGGAUAGCGCUCGCAAAGCAAACAGCACGCGCACAUGGAAAGAAGUUUGCUUCGCUUGUGUCGAUAGCGAAGAAUUUAGACUAGCUCAGAUGUGUGGACUGCACAUCGUUGUUCAUGCUGACGAAUUAGAAGACUUGAUUAAUUAUUAUCAGGAUCGCGGUUAUUUCGAAGAAUUAAUCAAUUUAUUGGAAGCGGCCUUAGGUUUAGAAAGAGCGCACAUGGGCAUGUUUACCGAAUUGGCCAUCUUGUACUCGAAAUACAAACCUGGUAAAAUGAAAGAACAUUUGGAGUUGUUUUGGUCCAGAGUUAAUAUUCCAAAGGUUUUGAGGGCCGCCGAACAAGCGCAUUUAUGGGCCGAAUUGGUCUUCUUAUACGAUAAGUACGAAGAAUACGAUAAUGCUGUUAUCGCGAUGAUGAAUCAUCCCACCGAAGCAUGGAGAGAAAGCCAUUUCAAAGACAUUGUUACUAAAGUAGCGAAUAUCGAAUUGUAUUAUAAAGCCAUCCAAUUCUACUUGGAUUACAAACCUUUGCUGUUGAAUGAUUUAUUAUUGGUUUUGACUCCACGAAUGGACCAUACCAGAUCCGUCAGUUUCUUUACCAAAGUUGGGCAUUUGCAAUUGGUGAAACCGUAUUUGCGAUCAGUACAGUCGUUAAAUAACAAGGCGAUUAACGAAUCUCUGAAUCAACUACUGAUUGAUGAGGAAGACUACUUGGGAUUACGCGCUUCCAUCGACGCAUUCGACAACUUCGACACGAUCGCAUUAGCACAAAAAUUGGAAAAACACGAAUUGACGGAAUUCAGAAGAAUCGCCGCGUAUCUGUACAAAGGCAAUAACCGUUGGAAGCAGAGUGUCGAAUUAUGUAAAAAGGACAGACUUUUCAAGGAUGCAAUGGAGUUCGCAGCCGAAUCUAAAAAUAAAGACGUAGCCGAAGAAUUGAUAAAUUGGUUCCUGGAUAAUGGAAAUUUCGAUUGUUUUGCGGCGGCCCUCUUCCAGUGCUACGAUUUACUAAACCCGGAUGUUAUAUUAGAAUUAGCUUGGAAACAUAGAAUCAUGGAUUUCGCUAUGCCUUACUUUAUUCAAGUAGUUAAGGAAUAUACCUCGAAGGUGGAUAAAUUAGAAGAAGAUAUAUCAAAAAAAUUGGAAGAGCAUGUAGAACAUGACAAUAAACCCAUUAUAAUGCCUGAACCUCAAUUAAUGCUGACAGCAGGGCCUGGUAUGAUGGGACCAGGUUUCACGCCAGGUUAUCCGGCGGCUGCGGCUGCUGCCUACAACCCAGGAUUAGCGUAUCAAGGUUACGGCAUGUGAAUCAACUACACUCGAGUGCAAUAAUACAACGGCGGCGAAAUUGAUUAAUAUUUAUUAGUAUAAAUGACAUAUGUAGAGAAAAGAAGAGGAAUGGCAUAUACAUAAAUUAUUCUAUAUAUGUUUUAUUUAUGUUUAAAGAAAAAAUUGUUUUUUAGUUACGUAUACAUGAGUCACAACUCCAUUCCUUCAUUUCAUUAAGAGUAUUUAAAUAUUUAUAUUAUUCAUAGUCCAUAUAGUUAUGUUUUCGUCUUAUUAUUUUUUUUUCGCUUUUUAUAAUUUUUAUUUUUUUAUUUAUUUUUUCUCCUCCCUUUUUUUCAUUCAUUUACCGUAUCCUCUUUAUUAUUUUGUUUUUUUGAAUUUUUACGCUUAAUUUUAUGUUAUGUUUUCUCAUGUUAUCGCAGUUUAUUUUUCAUUUUAUGUAAUCCCAUGAAUUAGUGAAUACAUACUAUUAAUUCGUUAAUUAAAUUAAUAAAAUUGUGAUAAACGUAUGUUAGUUAUUUAUCGCGUUAUUUAAAAAAAAAAAAGGUAACAUUAUUUAUUAGAAUUUCACUGUGUAUUGUAUUUUGUGUACCGGAAUCGCGUUAUUUAUCGUUUUUGCAAAUGACAUUAUUUAUUGAUUUUAAAAGAAGAAAAAAAAUGAAAUUUAAAAAUAGAAUGGGUUUAAAGAAAUUCAAACGUUAAAAUUUUUCUAAGUUAGGCUCGUUAUACGUGUUUUCGUUUUUUUUUUUUUUUUUUUUUGUUUUUUUUUUCAUUUUUCAUUUAUUUAUUCGCCCUAUUGUGAAAUGACGAAAGUAUUUUUAUUCAUUUUCGAUUAAUGAUCGUCAUUUUUUACAGUACAAAGUUACCACCUUCUUAUUGAGCUUGGAUUCUAAGCGCAUUCCCAAUGUUAUUUUUCUGUUUUUCGGUUUACAACCUACCUUCUUUUCUUGUCUUCUUGUUUUAUUUAUUCCUGUGUAAAUGUAAUUGUGUAUGGAUGUUGAAAAGAAUUUUGAAAGUUUCUUAUGUACUCUUGAUUUUCUUGCCGUUUCCGUCUCUAUUAGAUGUUUUUAACACCAGUAUAGCGAUUUUACAAACUAUUACGUAUAUGUCAUCCGGAUAUGUUUACGUCAUUAGUUUUAUAGACGACUUUUACAUAAAAUGUAUUUUAAAAAUGGAUAAAAAUGAUCGAUCGUCCUGUAGGAUAACUUUCUUUAUAAUAGAUGAAUUUAAAGUACCUAUGGCAUUGUACUAGGAAAAAAAGAGAAAAAACAAAAUAUAUAUGCAAUUGUAAAUAUGAUAUUUUUGAAAAUAGCACUUAUAGUAAAUAAAAUGUGUUUUAAGAAAAUGUCAAGUUAUUUUAAUUUUAACUAUUAUAUUAAACACUUAUUAAUUAAAAGCGGUGCUUUGAGCUUAUUUAUUCGCGAAAACUAUUUUAGUUUAUUUUUGUGAUAAAUAAAAGGUGUUGAUUGAACGGUUU